CGUUUCAGGUGCUGACAGUUUGAAAGAGAGUUGCUACUUGGACGACGUCCACAUCCGCCUCCAGACACCGGGGUCUCGGCUCGCGUCCUCCUCCCCGGGAUUGCGGCUCCUCUGCCUGGACUGCGCAGCGCAGCGCGUCAGACCUCGACGAUGGUCCGGAUCAACAGCCCAAAGUGAGCCAAGUCACGCGGAGUUGUUGCGGGGAAUGUUCGCGGCUGAUGAAACGGAGACCUGCCGGAGGACGGAUGAGAGAACGCGCGCGUCUGGUUUGGGAUUUUAAGUCGCGCCGUCUCCACCUCUGGAUGCGUCCCCACCUUCCGUCCACGGAUCCGGGCUCCAGUCGCUGAUCCGGAGCGGCAUCUUUCCUCAAGACAGGCGGCGGGAUUAUUCCUCUCAGUCGGACAGUUGUUGGCUCCAACCUCCUCCAACCUUCUCUCUGGAUUGCUGAUCUAUGAUUCCGGGGACAGUAGUCGCGUUUGCGCAAAGACUUGACCGGAGCCCCGUGAGGGAAUUUGGGAACUUUUCCGCACAUUUGUCCAAGAAGAAGGUGCUUUGAGCGUCGGACUGCUUCCCCUCAGCGUCAGUGGGAGAAGUGAGACCUUUAUUCAGCAGCGUCACCCGCGGAACAACUGGGAUUUAACGUCCUGCUGUCGGGGCUUCCACCAUGUCGGGGAGCUGCGGAUGGCGCGUCCUCGUCUGCGCAGCGGUGGCUUCAUGUGCUAUCGCAGGCAAAGUGUCGCCCACCAGCCCGGACGGCCUCGUCAGCGCCCCCUCUGUGACCUCCACCCCCUCGCCGCCGAGCGUCUACCUUCCCGCCAACUUCAAAAUGUCCAACGCUCAGCUGGCCUUCUUCCUGCGCGAGACCCGGACAUCAGAGCAGAGAGUCGGCGGUGGUGCCGGUGGUUUUGGCUCCGCGCACCCGCUGCAGCGCUCUGAGAGCUUUGUGGUGUUUCAAACCAAGGAGCUCCCGGCCAUAAAUAUCAGCUUCGGGCCCUUUGCCCGGGACCAGGCUGUGUCCAAGGAGCUGCUCCAACCUGCCAGUCCGUUGGAGGUCCCGGGACAGCUGACGGUCAACUGGAAGGUGCGAGCGUUCAUUGUUCAGGCGCGUGUCUUCUCCAACAACCCCACCGUCCAGGUGUUUUUCUACAUUGCGGGCCGGGACUGGGACGACUUCAAGGCCCAGGACAAGCUGCCUUGCGUCCGCCUGCACGCCUUCCGGGACGUCCGCGAGAUCAAAACCUCCUGCCGCAUGAAAGGGAACCUGGCGCAGUGCUUGGCGCAGCUGGAUUUACCGCCGUCCUGGUUCAAUGCCAACGUGGCGCCACUGGGUCGGAGGAAAGGCUCCGGCGACGGACUUCUGGACGGGCUCACCAGCGAGACUCUCCAGGCGGAGCUCUACUACACACUCCACGAGCCUAACCUGGACGGGGAGUGCAACGAGGGGCACCGCGCUGGAUCCAGAGGGGAGCCGCUGUCACAGCACCCCCUGCUGCGCAUCGGCAGUAUCAGCCUCUACCAGGCUAGCCAGGAGCAGCUGCUGGUGGAUAAGCAGCUGGACAAGAACAUGUUUCUCAGGCUGCCGGAGAAGCCCCUCAAGCCGGGAGAGACCCUGAAGAUCUCCCUCUAUCUGAUGCCCAACUCCACCGUCGAGCAGUUCAGCCUGAAGGUCAAAGCCAAGAAGGGGGUGAACCUGGUCCAGACCAAGUCCAAGAAUGCCCAGUGGAAGGUGGACUGGGAAGUUCUGUCCGGCGCCAAACACUCCAUCACUACCAUUGACGUCAACAAAAACAAAGCUGUCAAACAAGCGGAGGGGAUAGGCAACGUGGAGGUGAUGCAACUGGACUUUGAGAUGGAGAACUUCACCAGCCUCUCAGUGACCCGGAGGAUCAACUGGAACAUCGACUACAAGUCUCAGGUCCCGUCCUCUGAGGCAGAGAAGGUGGUGACUGAGCUGACCGUGGUUCAGCGCGACAUCCAGGCCAUCAUUCCCCUGGCUAUGGACACAGAGAUCAUCAACACGGCCAUCCUCACUGGCCGCACCGUGGCUAUUCCAGUCAAGAUGGUUUCCAUCGAGAUGAACGGAGCGGUGACAGAUGUCUCGGCCUUCGUGCAGUGCAAGUCGUCCAAUGAAGACAUCGUGAAGGUUUCCAUGAAUUGUGACUACGUGUUUGUCAACGGGAAGGAGACACGCGGCUCCAUGAAUGCCAGGGUCAUCUUCAGUUACGAGCACCUCAGCGCCCCCUUGGAGCUGACGGUCUGGGUGCCCAAGCUCCCGCUGCAAGUGGAGCUGUCUGACAACAACCUGAGCUUCAUCAGAGGCUGGAGGGUUCCGAUCCUGCCGGACAGAAGGAGCACCAGAGACAGUGAUGCCGACGACGACGACGAUGAUCGGCGCGUGAGUCGCGGCUGCACUCUCCAGUACCAGCGAGCUUUGGUCAAAGUUCUGACCCAGUUCCACACCACGUCCACUGAGGGUACUGACCAGGUGAUCACCAUGCUGGGGCCGGACUGGCAGGUGGACGUCACGGACCUGGUCCAGGAUGCCUUGAAGGUGGCCGAUCCACGAAUCGCCGAGCUGGUGGAUCGAACCGUUCUGGUGGGACUGGAGCUCGGGUCCACAGUGCUGAAGGUGGAGUCGCCGCUCGCCGUGGACGCCACCCUGGGGGAGGCGGCGUUCUCCGUCACGGACGAGAAGGUUUCCAUCACAGAGCUGCGGGUGCACGCCGUCUCAGGUCUGACCCUGUCGCUGCAGCCCAGUCCAGGAAACAGUCACACCAUGGUGGCCAAAGCCACCGGCGUGCAGACGCUCAACACCCCCAAACAGGAGGCCACUUUGUCGGUGUGGAUGCUGUUCAGCGACAACACGGCCGCCACCCUCGGCUACUUCGACCCCAAAGAUUACAACUUCAACGCCUCCACGCUGGACGACAAGGUGGUGUCCGUCUCCCAGGAGCCUCAGCAGCGCUGGCCGGUGGUGGUGGCAGAAGGCGAGGGGUCCGGCGAGCUGCUUCGUGUGGAGAUGACCAUCUGCGAGGCCUGCCAGAAAACCAAGCGCAAGAGCGUCAUCGCUUCUGCCGCCGCGUACGUCAAGGUGCGGUUCGGCCCCGAGGAAGACUCGGAGGAGGAAGGCACCACCGAGGGGGAGAUUGAGUUGGCGCCGUUCACCAGACGGCCGGUCGUCGAUCCCAACGUCGGCGGGAGAGUUUACGAGACGUCGAAUGAGCAGCCUGCCAGCGUUCCCAUCGAUUACACCAACUUCCCCACCAUCAGCAACCAGGAGCAGCCGACGGAGAGCGACGUGGAAGAGGAGGAGGAGGAGGAGGACGACGACGACUUUGUGCACUCGCCCCGCAACAUGACCGACCUGGAGAUCGGCAUGUACGCCCUGCUGGGCGUCUUCUGCUUAGCCAUUCUGGUCUUUCUCAUCAACUGCAUCGUCUUCGUGCUCAAGUAUCGACACAAACGGAUUCCUCCGGAGGGUCAGGCCAACAUGGACCACUCGCACCACUGGGUGUUCCUGGGCAACGGCCAGCCGCUCAGGGCGCACUGCGAACUGUCGCCGCAGCAGAUGGAAAGUCCCAGCAACCCUUUGGACGCUGUCCCCACCUGCUGCCACGGAGACCACCACAGCAGCGGCAGCUCGCAGACCAGCGUCCAAAGCCAGGUGCACGGGCGCGGCGACGGCAGCUCCGGAGGCUCCACCAAGGAGAACGGCGAGGAGGCCAGUUCGCCCACCUCCAAGCGCAAGCGGGUGAAGUUCACCACCUUCACCACCCUCCCCACAGAGGAACUGCCCUACAACUCCAUCCCCAUCGCAGACGCGGAGGACAUUCAGUGGGUUUGCCAAGACAUGGGUUUCCAGGACCCAGAAGAACUGCACGACUACAUGCGCAGAAUAAAAGAAAUCGCCUGAGCGGGGAUUUCUAAAGUUGCUUUCUAUUCCCCCUUUUUCACGCGUGGAAGAUAACGUCUCACAGACUAAAAGGCCAAGUGUUGCUUCGGUUUUCGGGUUUGUUCAGUUUCGUUUGCACAGUGCUGUAAAACACGCUCACACUCCUCAGAGAGAGACUUUCAGAGGACACUGUUCAUCUCGGGCCGUGCGCAUCUCUGCUCCCCGGGAAACCUUCUUUCCCCAGGGACACCUGGAACGCGGUGAAGGACGUGAACUCCUCACAAAAGAGGCCUUUGCUGAACAAAAAAAAAAAAAUCUAUCGAGGACUCUCAUGAAAGCUAUGAUAUUUUAUUUUUCAUUUGGCCAAAGUAGGAAUUUCCGAUGGCUUUGUCAUUGUUCUUGUUGCAGCACACGUGAUUUCUAUUCAUUCCGUUUGUUUUUUUUUUUUUUUUUUUUUUUACAUUUCAUAGUUAGUCGUUCCUCCUGAGUCAAUGCCACUUUACUGGAACUCCACUGUGCAGACAUCUGUCCGUAUUUUGCCACAAGCGGAAGGAGAUUUCUCGGCCAAUAAAGAAUAUUGCUGGUUAAAUGUGUGCAAGCUCACACUGGCAAAUAAAGGCUAGUGCAAAGUUUAAGACUCAAUAAAAGUGGACUGAUUGUAAAGUGGCUCCAAAACGAAUGCCUUAUUUAAAAAAGACCACCACCUAUAUCACGAAGGCUGAAUACGGCGUGGUAACCUCGACUGAACCAUGUGACGCGAGGGUCUUCUCAGCGCCCUCUGCAUGGGUCUGGGGGCACAAUCAGCUACGCCCCCAUCCCAAAUUUGUAAAUGUUUGUAUCGUUCUGAUGUAAUCAUUCAUACACAUGAAAUAUGUUAUCAUGCAUCACGCGCAUGCCUUGCUAGGCCGACGGACGUUUCUCUGUACAUACUGUAUCCAGUCGGAGGCGACUCCCGGAACGGCGUCGCCGUCGCUAACCAGCGGGUAUUUUGACUGGCGGGUUUGGAAGAUAAGAUAAAGAUAUUUAAUUUUUUUAUCGGCCCUCUCAAAUGUUAGCGGGAGGCCCUCACCAGUUUUACACGAGCUACACCACCACUGUCCCCCGUAUCGGCCAGAGUUAUGCAACGGAACUGUCGAGUGUGGUGUCGGUUGUGUUUUUCCUGAAAUGUGAUGGGACCCCUCCCACCCCUAAUCUAGUUCUGAUUAAUGACUAUAAAAAUCAAUAAACUACUGAAAGAUAAAACAGGUCUUCUUUGUUUGGCCCUUUCCUCACUCACUCUAUUGAAACCUCCGUUUUGCAUCCUUUAUCUGCCUCAGCCCAGAAAGCUUGACCAUCCCACCUCUGACACCACCAUGGUAAAGCAAAAAACAAAAAUAGUUUCCUCCACCUGUAGAGGACGUUUGUUCAUUUUGACCUGUACACUCCACUCACCUCAGUCCUUGAACCAGCAACUUGGUCACCUCAGCGUGGAUUCCGUUAGAAGCAUUUUUAAAUAAGUCGUGCGAAGAGAGCGGGAAAACAAAGCAGAAGCAUCAGACGGGUUUUUAGAGAGAUCAGAGGAAAUUUCCACAUCUUUGUCUCAGACUUUGAUGUGACGCCAGCUCCAAAUACGCACGAGCUUCUCUGUCACUAUUCUCUUUAAAUCUGUUCCUCUUUGGAGGGCUCAGAUUUCCUCUCACGACGGCUGGUCUCAUGAUCCAGAGAGGGAAACUGGGAUGCUCAGCGCUUUUGUUCUGGAAGAGGAAACUGGAGUCUGAUCCAGAAUGACUCACUCGAACUGCUGAACAUUCACGAGACAUUCAAACCUCUUGUUGGGUUUAAGCGCUGGAGGCGACUGGUUGGCUCCACAUGUGUGCGGAUCACUCCGAAACAUCUCCACUCUGAGGAAGUGUUCAACGAAACUUUGAUCUUUGUUUAUUAUCUGACGUGUCUGUUGAAGGCCAAUAACAAUAAAAAG